AUGGCUUCCUCAAGGUCAGCAGCUCCAGCAGCUGCAGCGAUCGCAACUCCAUCGCAGACACCGCUUCCGCUCUCGUCACUGGAGCCUCAUUCCAAUGUGAACCAAGAACGACCGCGCAAGCUAUCGCAGAAGGACGAUGCUGUGCCGAUGCUGGAUACCAACGGCGACGUCUUCCAGGUCCCAGAUUACACGAUUGGAGACAUCCGCAAAGCCAUUCCACCAGAAUGCUUUGAACGAAGUGCACUGCGUGGACUGGGCUACAUCGCCAGGGACAUCACUCUUCUUUCGACCACAUUCUGGCUCUUCCACCGUUUCAACACACCGGAGAAUGUGCCGUCAGUAAUUGCUCGUGGGCUUCUUUGGUCAGUAUACGGCUUUUUGAAUGGCUUGUUUGGCACCGGUCUAUGGGUCAUGGGUCAUGAAUGUGGUCAUCAAUCACUGUCUUCUUCGAAAGUUCUCAAUGAUACCAUCGGUUUCGUCGUGCAUUCGUUAUUGUUGGUGCCCUACUUCUCUUGGAAGAUCUCCCACGGGAAACACCACAAAGCAACCGGGCAUAUGGAACGAGACAUGGUAUUUGUGCCACGCACCCGCCCAGAGUUCGCCAAACGUGUCGGCAUCGCGAUUGAGAAUUUGUCUGAGGUCGUGGAGGACGCUCCCUUGUACUCGUUCUUCAUGAUUUUCGCCAGGCAGCUCCUUGGAUGGCCCCUCUAUCUUCUGGCAAAUCGAACGGGUCAUAAUUACCACAAAAGACAACCAGAGGGACGUGGAAAGAAGAAAACGAAUGGGUUUGGCGGCGGGGUGAAUCAUUUCAGCCCUAGCAGUCCCAUCUACGAAGCCAAAGACGCCAAAUGGAUUGUUGUCAGCGACAUUGGUGUCCUCGCAACGCUCGCAGGCCUAUAUUCGAUUGGAAGCACGUUUGGCUGGUCCAAUCUUGCCGUUUGGUAUUUUCUGCCCUAUUUGUGGGUCAAUCACUGGCUAGUCGCGAUCACAUAUCUCCAGCAUACCGACGCCACCCUUCCACACUACGACUCCCAAGCAUGGACGUACGUUCGGGGAGCUGCAGCGACGAUCGACCGCGACCUAGGGUUUAUCGGUAGGCAUCUAUUCCACGGCAUUGCCGAGACUCAUGUGCUACACCACUAUGUCUCCGUCAUACCCUUCUACAAUGCCGACAAGGCGAGCGAAGCCAUCAUGCCUGUCAUGGGCCGUCACUACCGCUCGAACACGAAAGGUGGGCCUCUGGGGUUUGUGAAGGCACUUUACACAAACUUCAGAGAAUGUCAGUGGGUGGAGCCAAGUGAAGGUGUCGGAGGAGAUAUGCGUCACAUACUUUUCUAUCGGAACAAGAAUGGGAUCGGCAUCAGGCCUGCAGCACUACUUACUUAG